UCUAAUGAAACCCCUAGCCAACACUGGCUGACAGAGGAUGAUCAUGACUCAAACUGCCUCAGUGAUGCUGCCUUGUUUAGCAAAUCCCCCCUCAUUUCUCUGUCGAUAGUUCCCUUGAAAAAAAAAGAAUUUACAUAUUUCUGACUGUGAAGAUAAUCCUUUCCACAACUCACUGUGUCUCACACUUGGCAAUCAAGUAUGCAUCGGGGAGAACAUAACUGGGACAGUGCGAUACAUUGGCACAGUCGAUUUUUCACAUGGUAUGUGGGUUGGAAUUGAGCUUCAUUCUCGGCUAGGCAAACAUGAAGGGACAGUAAAAGGCAAGGAGCAUUUCCGCUGCAAACCCACGCACGGCGUGUUUGUCCGUCGCAGUCGGAUUACCAAAGCACUUGACUCAUCACAGAGGAGCAAUAGCAGCACUGCACAGGCUCAGGCAUCAAUGAACAUAAACAAGAGGAAGAGUGCGGUGCUUCGAGACUCUUCAGCUGCCAAACCAGGAGUGAAAGCAGCCUACCUGUCUGGGGAUCAGGCAGCAUCUGCAUUCUCUAGGAAACAGGAGAUCCGCAAAUCCUGGAUUAAAAGCAUUAUUUGCACUUACUACACAAUUCUUGUGUGGGAACAAAUAUGUUAAAAGAAAAACAUGUUAUACAGCUGUACAGUUUUAAUUUGUUGUUCUAUAACGUUUACUGGAUAGAGUCAAAGACAAUGUUCUAACUGUUUUUAAUGUGGUCUCUACAUGAAAUGUCUCUGCCUUGUAGGCAGGUUGUUGCUGCACACUAAAAGCACGACUGAAAGUGAAUAUGUAGAUAGAGGGCAGGUACUGGUCCAGUCUUACAUGAUGUCUCGGGAGCUCUAUUUUAAACAGAGAAACAAAAACUACAGUAUUUUAUUCAAAGAAGAAAAAUAAACCAUAUACAUAUCUGUACAAAUGAAAAGCUGCAGUAUGUUGUUUAUCUACCAAAGAGGCUCUGUCAUGUGAAAUGUUGGCUAAUAGCAUUAUUUCUUGCUUUCUGUUGAGAAAGGUAGUUCUGUGGGCUUGUUAAUAAUAGUCACACCAUUUUGCCUUGUAUGUUUCUUUUUUGUCCUGCCAGAGGGGUCAAUGUCGAAAGGCAUAUCAAGUGCCCCUUUAAUCUAGGCAUAAUGUUUUACUCUGGACAUUUGGGGGCAAACUCACUAACCUCUGGAAAUUCGCCAGCGACUGCUUUGCUCAGAUUGCCACACUUCGCCAGGCGAAAA